UUCAACAAAUACGCAGCGAGAGAGAGAGAGAGAGAGAGUUCUCUUACUACUAUUGCGACUACCACUCACUUUCUCUCUCUAGAUUUGGUUGGGUAUUUGACACGAAAAUUAAAUUAGGAACGAAACAAACAAUGCCUUGUUACAUCUGCACCUAGUCCAAUCCAAUUCUAUGUGCCCACUCACCUCACCAGACCGACCAAGCCCCAAUUCCUCUCAAUCCCAAUCUCAAUCCUAGCUAGGGUUUCUCUCUUUUCUUUUCUUUUUUUUUUCUCUCUCUCUUUCUUUUUACCUCAUGUUCCUUGAUUCCUGAUUCCCUCCCUCUUUCUAUUUUCUAUCUUUUUGGUUCGAUUCGUUUUUUAUUUUUACUUUUUUUUUGAGAUGGAGCAACAACAGCUUCAGCAGAGUGGAGCUGCCACCGCCGGAGCAGCACCGCCGGUGGAGGGAGCUAGGGAUUUGGGAGAUUCGCAGCUCGUUGGAGUUCCCGCUGCGGUUGACGGCGAUGUUGUCAUGGCGGAGAGGGACGGCAGCGGGAGUGUUCCCAAUCUGGAGGUGGCCGUCGGGGACGGCGGCGCCACGGCGGUUAAGAGGAAGCGGGGUCGUCCGGCGAAGGGUGCUCCGAGGGCGUCGGCGACGGGAGCGGCCGCGAGGCUGCAGCAGAAGAAGGAGGAAGAGGAAGAGGAGGAUGUUUGCUUCAUAUGCUUCGAUGGUGGAAGCUUAGUUCUUUGUGAUCGCCGGGGUUGUCCUAAAGCAUAUCAUCCCGCGUGUAUUAAGCGAGACGAGGCCUUCUUCCGUUCAAAGGCCAAAUGGAAUUGCGGUUGGCAUAUAUGUAGCUUUUGUCAGAAGGCCUCCCAAUUUUUGUGCUAUACUUGUACAUAUUCGGUGUGCAAGAGUUGUACAAAAUAUGCUGAUUUUGUGUGUGUCAGAGAAAAUAAAGGUUUGUGCGGAAUAUGCAUGAGAACUAUAAUGCUGAUUGAAAACAAUGGCCAGGGAAAUUCGGAGAAGUGUGAAGUGGAUUUUGAUGACAAAACCAGCUGGGAAUAUCUUUUCAAGGUGUAUUGGAUGUUUUUGAAAGGGAAGAUAUCUUUAACAUUUGAUGAGCUCCUUCGAGCUAAAAACCCUUGGACAGGUGUUUCUCCAUUGGGUGGUAAGGUUGAAUGUCCCCGUGAAAUUUAUAAUACUAAGGAUGACAAAGGUUCUGGUUCAGAGAACUCCUGUAUUGACAUAGAAUCAAAUAAUUUGAAAAACAAGAAAUCUAGGAGACAGCCAAUGCUUCAUAGCAAUGGGGUUGGCUCCGAUAUGAUAACUUCAGCCGGUGACAACUGUGUGCCUUUGCCUGAAUGCUCAAAUUGGGCAUCAAAGGAGCUUCUAGAGUUUGUUGCACAUAUGAAAAGUGGUGAUACAUCUCGCCUGUCUCAAUUUGAUGUCCAGGGUCUCUUGUUAGAGUAUGUGAAGAAGAACAAUCUUCGAGACCCCCAGCAGAAAUGCCAAAUUGUUUGUGAUCAUAGACUACUAAAAUUGUUUGGAAGAGCACGUGUUGGUCACAUUGAAAUGUUAAAGCUCCUUGAACCCCACUUUCUUACAAAAGAGAAUGGCCCUGCAGAAGAUACACUUAGAGCAGGAGUCACGAACACUGUUGCUAGCGAAGGGGAGGCAAAAGACAAUUGCAAUAAGCAGUUGAUGUUAGUUGAUGAUAAGGAAUGUAAAACAGAUAAAAAAGAUGAUGUGCAUUUGCCACAAAAUAAUCCAGAUGUGUAUGCUGCAAUAAAUGCUCACAACAUUAACUUGAUCUACUUGCGGCGAAGUCUUUUGGAAAAUCUAACUGAAGAUGCUGAAAGUGUUCGUGACAAGGUUGUUGGUUCAUUUGUGCGGAUAAGGAUCACUAGUAGUGACAAAAAACAAGAGAUGUAUAGGCUUGUGCAAGUUGUAGGUACAAGUAAGGCUGCUGAGCCUUACAAAAUUGGAACAAGAACAACUGAUAUGAUGCUUGAGAUUUUAAACUUAAAUAGGAAGGAGGCCAUAUCAAUAGAUGAGAUUUCAAAUCAGGAGUUCUCUGAGGAUGAAUGCAAGCGCUUGCGUCAAAGUAUAAAAUAUGGGCUUUCCAAUAGAUUGACUGUGGGUGAGAUCAUGGACAAAGCAUUGACAUUUCAAGCAAUGAGAGUUAAUGAUUUGCUGGAAGCUGAGAUACUGCGGCUUACUCAUCUUCGUGAUAGAGCAAGUGAAAAAGGGCAUAGAAAAGAGCUCAGAGAAUGUGUGGAGAAGUUACAGCUACUAAACACACCAGAGGAACGACAGCGCAGGAUGCGUGAAAUUCCAGAGGUACACUCUGACCCAAAUCUGGAUUUGAUGUUCGAGUCUGAUGAAGAUGCGGGAGAGUCAGAUGAAAGGAAGCAAGAUGGCAAUAUAUGGUCAAAGUAUCCUGGUUUUGACAGAAAAGAGAAGGAGCCCACUUUGCCUAAAAGUUGUGAUAGUGUCUUGAAUGAUGAUGGAUGCAGAACACAAGAUUUUUCUGCUGCUGCCCGUGAACAGAAUGGCAAUGCCUGCGUGACAAAAAGUCAGAUAAAACCUAAUGAGACAGUGUUUGAUGAUGACCCUAAUGUAGUUGUGAAAUCAGAACCAUCUGGUGUUGCGUUGGACAUUUCAUUGUCUCCUCAAUCUGUAGGGGUAGAACAGUCAUUCAAUGAUUUUGUGAAUGAUAAAUCAUGGCAUUAUCAGGACCCAACUGGGAAGGUUCAAGGACCUUUUUCCAUGUUGCAACUGUUUAAGUGGAAUGCAAGUGGAGGUUUCCCUCCUAAUCUCAGGAUAUGGAGGAUAAAUGAAAAACAAGAUAGCUCUAUAUUGUUAACCGAUGCCCUAAGUGGGAAGUGUUCCAAAAAUGUGUCAAUGCCAUAUUUCAGCCAACUGCUGUCUUUGGGGAUCAGUGGUACAGUGGAUACCAAAGAGGAUAGUAAAGAUUAUAGUCAGGAUGGUUGCAGCACUGCAGCAAGGAAUGAAACUCAUUCAGACAACCAAAUUAAUGAGCAGAACAGGGAGCUAAAGGUGGAUGAUACUCGUACCCAGUCUGAUGGUAAAGAUGAAUCUGUUAGGAGCAAUGGAUGGCAGGAACAGCCCCAUGCAUACCAUCCACAACCUUCAGUGGCCAUUUCUGAGAAUAUGAAGGAGAACUCUGAUAAAUUAAAUGAAGGUAAUCGGAUUGGGGGAAACUCUGCAGAUAAAGGGAAUCCUGGUUUGAACAGGACUUCUGAUGGUCAGAGUAACAGUGGGCAGAGUUACCAGAAGCAAUCAUACAGUGAAGAUAAUUCAGGGCAAUCUUCUGAACAGAACUGGAGAGGCCCUCGUGUUAACAAUUCUUCCAAUUGUGCGGUUACCACAUCAGCUGAAGUUUUGGUUACAAAGACAUCACCACCUAAGCUAGGAUUUGAUUUACAUAGUUCUCCAUCCCAUCCUGACCAGAACUGGAUAGGCCCUCAUGUAAAUACUUCUUCUGAUUGUGUGGUUCCCACAUCAGCUGAAGUUUCUGUGCCAAAGACAUCACCACCUAAGCUAGGAUUUGAUUUGCAUAUUCCUCCAUCACAGCUUGAACAAGACUGGAGAGAUCCUCAUGUAAAUACUAAUUCCAAUUGUGUGGUUACUACAUCAGCUGAAGUUUCUGUGACAAAGAUAUCACCACUUAAGCUAGGAUUUGAUUUGCAUAGUCCCCCAUCCCAUCCUUCGUGGCAAGCAUUCAUCGGUGAGACCACUGACUUUAGCUCAUUAGUUGACGUUGAUGAAUCAGUCUCAGAUCUGUUAGCUGAGGUGGAAGCAAUGGAAUCACUUGGUGGUGGUGGUGGUGGCGGUGGCGGCGGCGGUGGCUUGGAAUCUCCCACUUCAAUCAUGAAAUGUGGUGAGGAAUUGACUGACAGUUCUAAAAAUGAUUGCCUCAGUUUUGCAGAUGGGCUUAGCCCAGUACUUGAUGCAGGUAAAGGUGAUGCACUUAGCUCCACUGGUGAUUUGCACUUGCAAUCUCAGUCAACAGCAGCAGAGGAACCAUUGCGGCAAGCAGAUAUACAUCAUCAUCACCAUCAUCAUCAUCAUCAUCAGAGAGUAUCUGGGGAACAUUCUUCAAGGAGUUCUGAAGUUAAGGUGGGUACAAAGAGCAUUAGUGUUUCAGGUUAUCAAUGGGAAUCAGGCUCAGAAAAUUCAACCAUUGGUCCAUCGACUGCAACCUGGAGCAUUGCUACAGACCCCACUUGGAGAGUCGGGUCAGAGAAUACAAACUUGGGAUGGAGUGGAAUGGAUAGAGGAAAUGUGAACAUUGGCUGGGGUGUGGGGCAGUCAGCAGUGCAGGAGAACAGGAGCACAAGUUCAUACACUCCUACAGUUUCUCCAAGCUUUGGUGGAAGUCAAGCAAGAUAUGGCAGCGAUCGACCUUCUGUGCCUAGAGAUCGGGGUUUUCAUGGUCAUGGUAGGGAAUCAGCUGUUGCUAGAGGCAGAACUGCGUGGAACCGGCAAACUUCAUUUGGUGUUGGAAACGGAGGCUCACACAGGCCUCUGCCCAAAGGGCAACGUGUCUGUAAAUUUUAUGAAAGUGGGCGCUGUAAGAAGGGGGCAUCCUGUGAUUACUUUCACCCAUGAUUUUGGGUUCCACUAGGCACUAGCAUUGGUCACAUUUGAUUUUUGUAAUCCUUAACACAUCUGGAAGUUGUCUAUUUCCAAUUGUUGUAAUUUAACCUGACAGUAAUAGUCAAGUGGCAUAAUUUUUUUAUAAGAAACUACUGUAGCAUAUCUGAGGUUGGUGAUUUCCCACUAAUAUCUCGUGUAUCCUAUUGUUAAUUUUACAACUCUUUUCUA